UCCCGCUGUUUGUGCAAGAAAAACAGUGUCGAAGCAUAGCCAGUAUUUUUAAUUUCAUUUUGAUUCCUUCACGGUUUCUUCCUCAGUGGUAAUACUGUCAGACAACGCUUGGGUAUUACGUCGAUUGAAGUUUGUAUCCAUUGUCGAGUACUGAAAUAAGUAGAUAUUAUAUCUAUGUAAACUGCAAUACGUUAAAAUGAAAAUCAUAUGUGCUGGAUUCUGGAAAACAGGUACAAAAAGUUUGGCGGAGGCUUUGACAAUACUUGGAUAUAAAGUAUACGACUAUGAUUAUCAACUGUUCGAAUUUCCUGAGCUAUGAAAUAAGUUAUUCGACGGAGAAAUUACGGACGAGGAAAUUCGGGAAGAAUUAAAGAAUGUUGACGCUUUAAUUGAUGGACCUGUAAUUGCUUUUUGGGAAGACAUAUCGAAGGCAUUUCCAGAGUCAAAGGUAAUUCUGACGACCAGAGAUGAAAAUAAAUGGUUUAACAGUUUAAUAGAAAUGAUGAAUAAAACACCAGCGAUUUUUAAGUAUUUCUACCCUUUAAUGAUCUUGACACUGACAGGAAGAAAAUUUCUGGGAACUGGUUCGCGGGUUUGGUCAUAUUGUUCGGGAGAUUUCAAUUUUAUGUCUGCGAGAAAAAAUCCUCGACUACUGAAACGCAAAUUCCGUCAGCACAACUGUUACGUGACUUCUUCGGUUUCAAAGGAUAAGCUGCUCGUUCUCAAUAUUGGAAGUGGGUGGGAACCAUUGUGCGAAUUUCUCGGGAAAGAUAUUCCAGAUAUUCCGUAUCCACACAAAAAUAAGGAAGGUGCACACCAUACUACCGAAGGAGGUCCGCAGCAUCCUAAAUUUAAGCAAUUAAUGCUAGAAUUUACGUUUGUAUUAGGCAUAUUUAUAUCGAUCAUUUCAUACAUUUUCUACAUACUGUAUAUUUACAUUUGUACUUGAAAUGCUUGUUGAAAAUUGCCGAAGUGCAUGGGCUUUUGUACAUAGAAAAGGUUGGUUUGCUGGUAAAUAUACGCAUAUAUAUAUAUAGCGAAGUGACUUUUAACGAUCUUUCGUCCCGGUUUGUUGCAUAGGCCUAUAUAUAUAUUUCUCAGAAUACCCAAUUUCUAUACAAAUUAUUUCUUUUUUAUAUAUGUUGCUGAACAUGUGUUUUGCAGCUCGUUCAUUGACCCAGCAUGUUUCAAAUAAAAAACAAAAAAACGUGGAAAAUAUCAACACAAUCUCUUCCAUUAAUAUAAUUUCUAUCUACUAGAUAAAUGGUUUAGUGCAAAUAAACGGUAGAUUUUUGUUUGCUAUACCUUGUCCAAAUAGACUACAUAUAAGGCAGAAAACAUACUUAACCGUGAUCAUUUAUUUGGUACACUGUGAUCCUAAAAUAAGCAACUGUAAAUGGAAAAAAACUAGACUUUACAUAAGAUUCAGACUUUAGUCACUGCGUUUCCGAUAAUUGAGCAAUAAGAACACAGUGUCGAAGCAUAGCUAGUAUUUUUAAUUUCAUUUUGACCUCACUGUUUCUUUCACUGUAUCAAUACCGCUCAGACAACGAUCGAUGACAUCGAUUGAAAUUUGUAUCUGUUGUCGAGUACCGUAGGCUACAUAUUAUAUCAGUGAAAACUGCAAAACGCUAAUAUGAAAAUCAUAUGCGCCGGAUUCUGGAAAACCGGUACAAAAAGUUUGGCGGAGGCUUUGACAAUAUUGGGAUAUAAAGUAUACGACUAUGAUUAUCAACUGUUCGAAUUUCCUGAGCCAUGGAAUAAGUUAUUUGACGGAGAAAUUACAGACGAUGAAAUCCGGGAAGAAUUGAAGGAUGUUGACGCUUUAAUUGAUGGACCAGUAAUUGCGUUCUGGGAAGACAUAUCGAAGGCAUUUCCAGAUGCAAAGGUAAUCCUGACGACCAGAGAUGAAAAUAAAUGGUACAACAGUUUAAUAGGAAUGAUGAAUAGAACGCCAGCGAUUUUUAAGUAUUUUCACCCUUUAAUGAGCUUGACACCGACGGGAAAAAAACUUCUGGGAACUAGUUCGCGGGUUUGGUCCUAUUGUUUUGGAUGUGACAGUCUCAUGUCUGUGAGAAAAAAUCCUCGACUACUGAAACGCAAAUUCCACCAGCAUAACUGUUACGUGACUUCUUCGGUUUCAAAGGAUAAGCUGCUCGUUCUCACUAUUGGAAGUGGAUGGGAACCAUUGUGCAAAUUUCUCGGAAAAGAUAUUCCAGAUAUUCCGUAUCCACACAAAAAUAAGGAAGGCGCACACUUUGCUGUUGAUGGAGGUCCGCAGCAUCCUAAAUUUAGGCAAUUGAUGCUAGAAUUGAUAUUUUUGUUGGGCAUAUUUACAUCAAUCAUUUCAUACAUUUUCUACAUACUGUAUAUUUAUAUUUGUACUUAAAAAUUGCCGGAGUGCAUGAGAGUCUGUACAUAGAAAAGACUGACUUUCUUGUAAAUAGACUGAUGUUUUACUCAUUAUGAAGCAAAGUCCGAGUAAACAUCAUUGUAAAAAGUUAUGCAAAGCCCAUAAAGGUGGUGUCUAUGAUAACCGUUGUUAUUGGACAAUGUAGACAAUUUUUGCAUGAGAACAUUUUUCUCAUAAAGAGUAAUUUUAUGAAAUCAUAAGUUUGCAUUCAGGUCCGAAUCAAAAUUGAAAAUAUGUAAUCUUUUUAAAAUUAUUGCUGUGAAAUGAUAUGCUUUGUUUAGUAUUCAAAUACUUUAUGUGGAAUU